AUGGGAAUUCGCAAGCACAUGAACGAGUCCCUCUUUGACCAGCUGCCAGUUUUGAAAGAUCUCGAAAGGAGACUGGAUGAGCUUGCCCUGUGUGCAGAGCAACCAUCUGGUGACGUCCAGAACGCCCGCCUUAUUCUUGAGCAGGUCCCCAGGGUCCGCGAGCAGCUCUUGCACAGACAAGAUUGGGAAGAAGUUGCCACAAACCAACAGUACCUGCACUUCGGAGAAGACGGUGAAAACAUGGAAGCAGAGCGCAUGCAAUCCAUGCUCAAAUAUCUGGAUUUCAUGUGCAACAUGGAGCCCGGAACUAAGAAGGGCGACUCCGGGCGCUCUUCUUCGCUGCCUGUAGUUAAGGUGGAAGUGAGGAGAAGAGAACAAGGGCAGCUCUGGACGCGGUUUUCUGAGUACUCCUUCGAGGUCGACAGCGAAAAGGACCCAGAGCCACUGGAGCUGUCUUCCCAGAAUGGCUUGAACAUGGUUGGCUCGACGGUCGUGCAAGCGCGAACUGCCUGUGGCGCUCGCUGA